AUAGGAGAUUGUGGUUCCUAUUAAUUAUUUUUAGGUCGUUAGCUAGUGAGUGGGGACGAUAUGGAAUGAGGUUUAAUGCUAUAGCCCCAGGACCUAUUGAAACUAAGGGUGCUUUCACUCGUCUUGAUCCAACUGGUCAAUUCAUGAAGAGGACACUGGAACAGAUUCCCAUUGGACGAUUAGGUGAAAUUGAAGAACUGGCAAACCUCUCCACUUACCUUGUCAGUGAUUAUGCUAGUUGGAUUAAUGGAGAGAUUAUUGCUUUUGAUGGUGGACAGUUACCAUAUGCUGCUGGAAUGUUCAAUCAGCUCACACAAGUCACUCAAGAGCAAUGGGAUAUGUUGGAGAAAGCAAUCAGGAAUGUCAAAGGAUCAUAGAAUGAGGAUUACUAAUGCAUUAGCUUUGUUGUGUGACUGAAUGUGUGGAUCUGAUUAAUGUGGUUUUUAUCUUUUUAACAAUUAAAGGAGUGGAUAGAUUUACACUCAGACCUGUC